AGGCGAGGUGCUGAUUGGGUCCCGGUGGCGGUGCCGGCGGACAAGCCCCCACCAGCCCGUGGCUGUCACCGCCGGCCCCGUCUCGCCGCCGCGCCGCAGAGGGGACACGCGGUGACCGCGAGGACGUCCCGGGAGCAGCGCCCAGCCUGGGAGCGGAGCGGGACGGGGCCGGCAGGUGCACGGCCCAAGUGCCGCAGGCACGGUGCUCAGCAUGAGCGAGGACGUGCCGGUGGUGCCCGGCAUGCCCGAGUGCAACGGGAGUGUGGUCCCUGAGAAGGGACCGCUCCAGGUCAUUGGCAUCAUCGAUGACAUCGCGAGGUCUGUCGGGAUGGGGCCCUACACAAAUGCAGACACCAGCCCUGACGCUCCGCUCGCAAAAGGAAAUUGGGAGGAAAGUAGAAACUCGCUGGCGGAUGACAUAGUGUGUGGAGAUUUUGACGGAGAGAAGCAAUGCGAAGAAAAGCAAGAGGAAAAUGAUGUGACGCUACAGCAGGGAUCAGUUGAUCUCCAGGACACAGGAACCGGCGGCCAGGAGCCAGAGGAAGGGCCGGGCAGCGGGCGGCCAGCGCUGGGGACAGCGGCCAGCCCCAGCGGGGAGGUGGCGGGGACCCCCGCGGGCACCGCCGAGCACAGAGGGAGCGAUGCGGAGGAGGAGGAGGAGGAGGAGGAAGAAGAAGAGGAGGACACCGAGGAGGAUGAAGUGCAGGUGAUAGAGAUGCAGAAGGAGACCAGCGAGGCAUCCCAUCGGCAGCAGCGAGAGAGCGGCAAGGAGGAGUCGCCCCCCGCCAGCCCCGGCUGCAACGCCCAGGCUGAGAAAGCUGGGGAGCAGCCCGGCCUGGGGAAAAAAAACGACAUCUCCAGACACAGCUACUCCCGGUACAACACCAUCUCCUACCGGAAAAUUAGGAAAGGAAACACCAAACAAAGAAUUGAUGAAUUUGAAUCCAUGAUGCACUUAUAAACUGAGGUGGAGAAUUGCUUACUGAGACAACAGUUCACUUUGGUUUUUGUUUUGUCUCCCUCACCCCACCCCGUGACAUAUUUCUUCAUGAAGUCACUGCUUUUUGGCUUUUUGUAUGAUUUCAUAAAACAUUGUGAAAAUGUAACUUCUAUGCUUCACUUUGCCAGCAGGCAGAGGCACCCAUAGAACAGGAGAAUAAUCAGUUCACUAAGUGUAAUACCAUUUGAUUUGAAGUUUACCCUUUAUUUUCUAUCCUUUUUUUUUUUUUUUCUUUUUUUUUUUUUGUAACCAUAUUCAAACUCUGGUAUGUCUGGAAUGAGCUGGGGCUUCUGUAGCUGCAGGCACACAGGUGAUCCAUGCCGGCAGCCUUGCCGGUAACGAGUUGGCAGUGCAGCCGUCCCAGUGGCACUGGGCAGCACAGGGUGAAUAAUAAACGCCACGACUGUUUGCAACCACAGCGCGCCACUUUGCUGUCUGUCCUUGCUGCCAUCCGGUGCCUCUUGGGCUGCGCCAGACACCACCGUACGCGUCUGCAGCUCCACGUCGUGCUGGUGGGAUGGAGGGCUGGCUGCACUCCUUGCUAAGUGCAGCGGGCAGGAAUUAAGCAAGCUCUUGCCCGAGAAGUCUGCUGUUGGUGUUGGAAGGCUGGGGCAGUCCUGGUGCUGCACGGGUGCCAUGCGGUGCAGCACGGACACACACCGGUGCAGCUCAGGCAGGCUGCCGGGGCACACACCACAUGCGUCCUUGCGGGCAUACUGGUUCGUCCAAUAAAACCACCUGCCAGAAAUCUGUUCUGAGUGCCAGCAGUUUGGACGGUGAGUUUUUACUCUCAUGCAUUUCUUUGCAAUUUCCAGGGUAAGUUUAGAUGCAAAGUUUAAAGACUUUUUUUCAAGGCAGGGCAGAUUUUUAACACGAUUUAUUUUUGUCAUCUGAACACAGCCUUUCUCCAUUUUAAAAGUCUUUGUGUAAGUACAGUGCUGUUGAUUCAGUCUCUUUCAAACUGUUUUACAGAAAGGUUUGUCUUGAGUUGGAACUAAGCUUUGCAGAUGUCACCCCAAAAGAACUGGGGAAAGCUGAGAGCAGCUGAAAAGGGAGAGGAGGUAAGAAUGGGGGUUACGCUGUGACUUCAACUCCACAUCUCCUUUAGCCACAAUUGCUUUUUUAAACUAUUAGUUUUACACUUCCAGCAGCACUGAAUAUUGCUUUGAUUUUUUUUUGUUGUUCCACAUAAAGGCAAUUAUUUAUUGGCAAUGUCAAAAUAAUAAAUGGCAAUUCUUUAUUGUACAAA